AUGGAUGGUCAUAAAGCUACGAUUGUUUGUAUUCCUUUGAGGACAAACUUGGUCAACUUACCAUCAAGAUUGGGGAACUUAUUAGCUAAUGCUAAUAUCAAAGUUCAAGAUGUUAUAAUUGAAAUCGUUCAUAAGAAUGGUAAAAAUUAUGUUGGUUGGUCAGGUUGGAAUAGUUCAUCAAUAAAUUCAAUGGAAAUUGAUUCAACUUUAUCCCAAAGUUUUAAUCUUUCUGAUAAUGAUAAUGUGAUUAUUAACUUAAAAGUUAAUAAUUUUGAAACUAGGCAAGUUAAUUUAGAACCUUUAACAUCAUCUGAUUGGGAAUUAGUUGAAUUACAUGCUCAAACUUUAGAAGAUAAAUUAUUAUCCCAAACUAGAUGUGUAUCAUUGAAUCAAACUUUGAUAGUUUAUCCUUCCAAUACUACAUCAGCAAAGUUGGUGGUUACUGAUAUUGGUACUACUUCAACUACAUUUGCUAAAUUAUCACCAGAAUGUGAAGUUGCCAUUGCACCAAAACCAAAAAUAAGAAAACCAAGUGGAUCAGUCAAAUCAACUAAAUCUUCCAAAUCUUCUAAAAUGGAUGAUUAUUCUAAUUUACCAUCAAUUUUGAAAAGAUCAAUCCCGUUACCUCAUAAGUUGUAUGAUUUACCACCACAUGCUGAUGCUAAUGGAUAUGAAAUUUAUAUCAACUUCAAUGAAAUUGGUAAUCAAUUGAGUAGAGCUGAGUUUGUAGCUGUUUCUGUUAUUUCAGGACCUAAUUCCAAGACUAAUACUGUCAAAGAUAAAGAAAAACCUGUUGAUAAGUCCGAUAAGUCUGAAAAGGAUAAAGAUAUAGUACCUUUGGAAGAGAGUAAGCGUGUGAUAGCUAGAUUGGUGAAUGUUUCCACUUCUCCUACCAACACUGUAGGUUUAUCUCGAAAAUUGGCCGUGGCUUUAUCAGUCGAAGCUAUAAUAGGAAGUGUAGUUGUUUUAAAACCUGCAGUUAAACAAACUCCAAAAUUACCUGCAACUUUCAUCAUUCACCCAUACAUUAUACAAACGAAAAAAAAUUCAACUGUCAAUAUCAAUUCUACUGAAAAGAAGGAUAAAAAUCAAAAACUCAUAACCACCUUCGAAAAGUUAUUUUAUGAAGAAGAUCCAAUUAACAAAUCCCCCAUAACAAAUUAUACAAAAUUACCUAUAAUCCCUCAUAUCUUACCUUAUGGUGGUUUGUUGAAAUUCAAGAGGAACUCAGAAACUAAUGCUUGGAUUAAACCUUUUGAAGAUAAGAAAUUGCCCAAAUUGGAAAUCGGUGAAGAUUUAUUAAGAAACGAAUCUUUCAUUGAAGAAAUUGAAACGGAAACUGAACUUGAUGAUAUCAUUGGAUGUGAUGAUAUCAUUGAAGAUACUAUUGAUUCUAUUGUUUUGGAUAAAAAUUCUGGGGUAUUGAUACAUGGGAACUCUGGUAGUGGUAAGACCCUUGUGUUAAAUACCAUUGCCAAAAAGUUAUCUUCCGAUCAUGGUUUUCAUAUCAAAUAUGUAUCCUGUGAAACCAUCAUGAAUGAGAAUUUCAGUCAAUUGUCCACUCAUUUCACUAAAUGGUUACAAGAAUGUUCAUGGUAUAAGCCUUCCGUGUUGAUAUUGGAUAAUUUGGAUAAGUUUUUAUCGGCAGAAGCUGAACAUGUUGAUUCCACACAAUCAAAAAAUUUGACUGAAUUCUUCAUUUCUCAAGUAAACAAAAUUCAUCUUCAAUUGAAUAGUAAUUUUUCAAUCCUUGCAUCAUCUGCCAGUAAAGAAUCAUUAAAUGGAUAUUUGUUUCAAUCACAUAUUUUUGAGACCACUUACCAUUUACAAACUCCUGAUAAAUUUACCAGAUCAAAAUUGUUAACCCAUUAUUUCGAGAAUAAUUUGGGUUGUAAGAUUGAUUUCGACAUCAUGGACAUGGUAGCUGAAACUGAAGGUUACCUUCCAAAUGAUUUGAAAACUUUGAGUGAUAGAGUUUACCACGAGACAUUGUUCAAUCAAAGUAAUGAAAUCUUGAAUAACGAAGUAUCUGCUACCAAACAAGAUUUCGAAAAAGCUUUAGAAGGAUUCACCCCUUCGAAUUUAAGAGGGGUCAAGUUGGAGAAAUCGUCUAUCAAUUGGUCUGACAUUGGUGGAUUAAAAGAAGCAAAGAAUAUCUUAUUAGAAACCUUGGAAUGGCCCACCAAAUAUGCUCCAAUCUUCAAAAAUUGUCCUUUGAGACUUAGAUCAGGUAUCUUACUUUAUGGUUAUCCAGGUUGUGGUAAAACCUUGUUAGCAUCAGCAGUUGCUGGACAGUGUGGUUUGAAUUUCAUUUCCAUCAAGGGUCCCGAAAUUUUGAAUAAAUAUAUUGGAGCUUCAGAACAAUCGGUUAGAGAAUUAUUUGAAAGGGCUCAAGCUGCUAAACCCUGUAUUUUAUUCUUUGAUGAGUUUGAUUCUAUUGCUCCAAAAAGAGGUCACGAUUCAACCGGAGUUACUGACAGAGUGGUCAAUCAAAUGUUAACACAAAUGGAUGGUGCUGAAGGUUUGGAUGGGGUUUAUGUUUUAGCAGCUACUUCAAGACCUGAUUUGAUUGAUUCGGCGUUAUUGAGACCUGGUAGAUUAGACAAGAGUGUUAUUUGUAACAUGCCUGAUUUCGAUGAUAGAUUAGAUAUAUUGAAGAGUAUUACUGAUAAGAUGGAUUUGGAAUCUGACGUAGAUUUGAUUCAAAUUGCCAAAUCUACUGAAGGCUUCAGUGGUGCUGAUAUGCAAGGUUUAGGUUAUAAUGCAUACUUGAAAGCUGUUCAUGUUAAAUUAUUAAAAGAUCAAGAUGUUCAAGAUACUUCCUCCAAUGAUAAGGUUAAUAUUGAAUUUUUCAAGAUCCAAUCGGCCAUAGAAUCAAGUAAGAAUAAAAUGAGAUCUGCUGAUAGAGUGAAGAUUCUUAAACAGAUUGAAAAAUUCUUUGAAACUAAGCAGUCAGGUACAAAGUCACAAGAAAAAUCCUCCAAACCAAAUGUUUAUAUUUCUCAUGAAAAUUUCCUUGAAUCUUUAAAAGAAACCAAACCUUCCAUUUCAUUAAAAGAAAAGACGAAACUUCAAAAAAUCUAUAGUCAAUUCGUUAGUGAUAGAGAUGGAAAUAUGCAUGAUGGUUCUGGAAGUAACGAAGUUGGUGGAAGAACCACCCUUAUGUAG